AUGGGUUCCUUGCGUGUCACGCUGAAGACCGGGAAGGCAGAUAGCGUCAGCUCUGCAUCUUCGGCCUCUUCUCGACGAUCGAGAGGAACCGCAUGUGCAGAGUGUCGCAGCAAGAGACAGAGAUGCACCCACGCGACCGAGGAAAUCAUCGAGCUUUCUGAUGAUGAAGACAGCUCGGAGGAGCCGACCCCGCGCAGGAGGGUGAAACGAGUCGUAGACUCUGACUACGAGGAGGAAGAUGAAGAUGAAGAUAUAGAUGAGGAUGAGGAUGAAGGUGAAGAUGAGGAUGAAGGUGAGAUGAUGAGGACGAAGGCUCCACUACGACGCGAUCGCUGGGCGCUGUCUCCUCUCCAGCAGAAGCCCUCGAACCUCCCGAACGAUCCUCUGGAGGCCACGGUAGAUGAGGUUGGCGCUUGGGAUGCGAAGCACCUCAUCGCAUCGAGCAAUCGGAACGCUCUUCUGGUUCAAUCGCUUCUAUGGGCCGGUGCCGACAUUCGACAGCUCAUACAGCAGUAUCUCGACGGAGCAAAGCAGAAGACCAAUUUCAGGCAGAAGCUUGAAGAUGCUCUGACCAUGGUACAGGUCGGCCAGAGACCGGCUGGCGCUGACGAGGAGACAAAGAUCAUGCUACGUUGCGCUCGUCUCUACCUGUCCUAUCGACUACUCGACCUCCGCCCUUGUGCUGGCAAGACUAUGGAGAUCCCCUGGCACGACGUACGCGAUCGGGUAGAUCUGUUUGUACUGAUGCUUGGAAACAUUGUGGAGAAGAAUGAUGGCAAGCUCUUCACUGCGUCCAGAGCGUCACAGCUUAAAGAGCAUCCUUCAGCUGAGCAUCGCUCUAGCAGGAUCGACGUUAACAUGCAUGACGCGGCAAGCGAUGCAAACACAUGCGCUCUUGCACAUGAAAAUGCACCCCUCCAACAACAAAGUGAAGCUCACAGUGAGCAAACGCAGCUUGAUACUAUGAACGAACCUCAGCACGCCACCACUUCCGAGGACACUACUAACAUAACACCGCCAACACCGCCGCCCAUGUCUGCACAUACAAAACCCACCACCAGGGAAACUAACAUCGCGACCAUUAUGGCCGUUGCCAAAUGCUCAGAAGAUGAGGCUAAGCGGUAUCUCGAGGACGCUAACGGUGACUUGCAACAGGCAAUGCUGAAGAGUCUGACACCUGCACCUGUCGUGGCUGCCGCUGAAGAGCCGCGUUUACCUACACUCAUUGACGAUGCACUGGAAGCCUACGCUGCCACACUCCAGGUAUGCACGGCCUUUCCGGAGGCGACGUUCUGGUGCUACUUGGGCGGAGAUUUGAGGGCUUGCCGUGUCUUUUCAGACGACUUGAUCGACACCUCGCCAGCCUUUGCCCAACUGUUGGAGCUGCCCUCAAACGACAGUCCUAGUCGCCACGGUGUGCGUCACCUUCUCAUGCUCACCAUCGAUCCUGCGGAGAGCCUGCCGAUACUGGCUCGCCACGAUCUCGACGCGCCUCGUGCUGAACCCAAACCCGCCACAGCCCAAAUCGCCACACCUGAUGGGGUUCAGAUCGAUACCAAGGCCAAGGUUGAGAACGGCGAAGCAACACCAAUGCCUGACGCGCCAAGAAUCGACUGGGCCGGCGCAUACGAGUCGAUGUUCCGCAUGAUUGCCAACUUCCCAGCAAAGCAUCUCGGUAUCGCGCAAGAGAACGUCGACGCGGCGCGUCCGAAGAUCGAGAUGGUCGCACAGGUAGCGGAGCGCUACUCAGCAGUCUCGCCAGAGUCGUCCGUCACGAGGGAGUUGGAGCGCCUCUUCAGUGGCUUCAUCAACACCCACCGGCUCUGGCAGGCGAUUGCUAAAGAUGCGGCACGUUGGCUAGUUCUGAGUGUACGUCUGCAAAGCCCUCUCCUUUACAACGAGGCUUUCGUACACGUUGCCGGCGCGUACCCAGCUUGGCCCUGGGCAUUCAAUGAGGAGAAGGUCCGAACAAACCUUCCUGACAUGUACCAAGCCAUCGUGGUCAGAUCGAAAGAGCUGGAGUUUGGCCGUCAAAUGGCAGAGCGCAUGCUACUCUUCACCACGCUCACCGGUACCCCGAAGAGUGGUCCGAACCGCGGCAAGCCUGUGCCAGUCAACCAGCGAGUCCGGCCGAUCACCUACAGCGUCGUCAACAUCUGGCGUGACUGGAUUACAGGCCAUCUCUCCCACAUCGACAGCGGCUGUACUACCAAGCCAGAUUACCAGGACCCCAUCUGCAAGCACGAGGGUGAGUGUCUCACAGUAGCCGGCUUCCACCGCACCAUCGGUCGCGGCGGCGAUAGCUACCUCCCACCCGAGUCACUCAUUGACGAAUACUGGGAUGUGGACCAGUUUCCGGACUUGGAUGACUCGAUUCUGCGCACGACUCUGAAGGAGCUGAAGAGAGCGGCUGCCAAGAUUGUGGCGCCUCUUCUCCAGAGCAGGCUACAGUAUGAUGGUAAGGAUAAGUUGCCUUAUCUGACGUGCAUCCGUGUCCGUGAGGAGGACGUUCCAUGGCAGAAGGGUGUGAAGAAGGAAGUUGAUGGCGAUGGGGAUGAGGAGAUGUGUUAG